AUGAAGAAGAAGAAGAAAAAUAAAGGAGGAACACAGGAUGAACAAGAUGCCCAAGGACCAAAACCAAAGGCAAAGGCUAAAAGUUUGAAGGAAAGAACUUUGGCUUGGAAGAAGUUGAAGUUAGAAGAUGAAGAUGAAGGAGGUGCUGAAGAAGGUGAAGAGGAAGAAGUUUUGGAGGAAGACCCAGAAGUUGACACAAAAGAAAAGAGAAAUUAUGGCAAAGCUCGCAAGUUUGCCAGGGCACCCCAAGCUGGUGAAAUUCCUGAUGACAUCAAGGAGAUGUACAACAAUGCUUCCAAGUAUUCCAACCACCCCAGGUUGUUCAGGACAGAACUUGUGAACAGACUGUUCAAGAAAACCUCGAAAGGGGAAUUUGUCCUUUGCCAUGGGGAGCCUACAUUUGCAAGUUGGAAGCGCAACCAAGAUAUCAAGUUUACAGCUGCUGAUUCUGUGGGUGUCCCCUACAUGGUCAUAUUAUGGCAGACCUUCCAUGGUCAGGAACAUGCACUCCAAGAAGCCUUGAAGACAGGAGAUGUAUAUGAAAGCCAUGGUUUGUACCAUCACAGGCGAAUGACAGCAGGCAGAUCAAAGACAAGCACAGAAAGUAUGCAGUUGGAUGGAGGCAAGGUGGCAAUUGACACUGACCAGUUUGCAGGAAUGAGCAGCUUCCUUGGUGGCAAAAAAUGGUCCCAGUAUGGCCAGCAAGCAAUGCAGGAUUCUCCACCACAGCCCAGGGUGAAGAGAAGCCAGCAACUUACCUUGGAAGAUGUGCAACCAACACAUCCAAGGAGAACCUCAAGCCAGUUGGCUUUACCAGGGCCUGCAACAACAAACAAAGUGGUGAAGGUUGAUUGGGUUACCUUCCAGCAAAUUGUUUCUGAAGCCAAAGCAGCAAAUGAGCGCUUGCAAAGAGAUUGCUCCAGGCUUGUGAUGAAAGUUAGAGGAGGAGACCAGAAGCUGACAGAUGAUAUGAAAGCAGUUGUCAACCUGCUCACUGAGAAUUUACAAUCCCUUCAAGAAUGCCAAAUGUGGGAAGAAGUUCCAGGGUCUGAUGGAAAUGAAAAAAACAAGGUGGAAGCCUACUUCAAGCAGAUAGCCGAGAAGACAGAGAAGGCCAAUGAGUCAAUGGAACAAGUGAAGGUGGCAUUCUCUGAUGUUGCCUUGCUGGCAACUGACAAUGUGGCACUGCUUCUAGGCAAAGACUGGAAGCUUCCAGAAGAGAAAGUGCUGAGCAUGACCAAGCUGCUCAAGCUGCCAGCACCAGUGCAAUGCAUAGCAGCUCUUUUCAAAAAGGAUGCAGAAGCACUGGGUGUCAGGCAUGUGCAAUCCUCUUUGGCUACCUUGGCCAAUCUUGGUUCAGAAGGCAGACAUGCCAACAAUGUGCAUAGAGAUUUGAUGAAUGUGGUCAAGGAGAAGACACAUAUGCCAGAGCCUUUGUAUGCCAAUAUGCCUUUGAAAUCCAAAUGGCCGCUUCAAGCUGUGAUGCUCCCACACUUGGUCUUCCACCACCUCUACACUCAUUACCAAGACUUCUGGAACAAGGUAUUCUUGCCAGCUGGUGUGGAAGGAGACCUUGACUUCUUUGCAGCUGCACUUUCCUUACCAAGAUGGAGCCUGAAGGCAGGUGGAUGCCCUUCCUGCCAGUGCACCCUGGAAGGUGGAAAUUCAUCGAAUGAUACUGCAGAUGCUCAAGAUGAACAACAACACAUUCACAGAAAUGAUACAGCUUUGCCUGCAGCUUCAGCAACUGAAUUUGUGGGUGCUGCCUUCAAGAUGGCCCACCUGAACAAUUUGAUCCAUGAGCAUUUCAAGCAGGAGCCUGACAUUCCUGACAUCUUUGCCAUCACCAUCAAGCUCCAUAUGGUGUUGCAUGUGGCUUUGCACAGUCAUGAAAUCUCUCCUCGGUUGACUUGGAACUUCACAGGAGAGGAUGAGAUGGGCAUUCUCAAAGUUCUUGGUCAGAACUGUUGCAAAGGUGUUCAGCCUGAGGAUGUCACUUCCAAGAUGCUCCUUCACUGGCGGUAUGCAAUGCACUUGGAGAUGGAAAAGGUUUGA